GAGCCAUCUCCCGCGGAGGAGGCCCACGCCGGGCGGAGCCAACGCACUACGGGCGGUGCGUCAGUCGGCGUGCGAAGGGACUCGGGCUCGCGAGGCGGUGGACUGGCGCCAUGUUCCUGACCGCGGUCGUGCUCCGCAAUCGCAUCCCUGGCCGGCAGUGGAUCGGAAAGCAUCGGCGGCCGCGCUCCGUGUCCUUCCAGGCGAAGCAGAACACUAUCCGCCGCCUGGAGACGGAGGCGGAGAACCACUACUGGCUGAGCGCUCCCUUUCUUAGCGCCGCGCAAGAGUUCGGGCACGCCGCGGCCCGCAGGGCGGCCGCCUUCCAGGCCAUCAAGGCGGCCCAGGAGGCCAAGUUCCCGCCGCACCGGCGGCUCGUCGACCAGCUCAACCACCUCAACGUCACCAAGAAGUGGUCCUAACGACCGCGCCCUGGAACCAGGAGCGUUAGAGACUGUGACCGCCAGGAAACUCGGCUUGGCGCGGUAAACAAUACACCGUACAGAUGACAUACUGUAGUGUAGUAUACCUGAAACCUGUAUAAUUUUAUUAACCAAUGUCACCC